AUGGAGUUUCUGCGGGCGCUCUGGCUGUGCGUGGCGGUGGCGAGCAGCCUCCUGCCGGCGCCCUGCCAGGGGCACCCCCAGCCCUGCCACAUCCUCGCCAGCGUCGGGCACACGGUGCGCCUGGGCGCGCUGCUGCCCCGGGGAGGAGCGCAGAGCCGGGUGCGCAGCGCCCUGGCCAGGGCGAGCCGGGCCAGCUGGUUCCCCUAUAACCUGAGCUUGGAGAUCGUGCCGGGGGCUCCCCGGGAGCGGGACCCGGCGUCGCUGGCUCGCUGGCUGUGCCAGGCGCUGGUGGUGCAGAAGGUGGCGGCGGUGCUGGCUUUCCCCCAGUCCCGGGGGGAGCUGCUCCAGCUGGAGUUCCUCUCCGCCUUCCUGGAGCUCCCCUUCCUCAGCGUCGCGGAGCUGGAGCAGCGGCUGCCCUUCAGCACCCAGAAUCCCUUCCACCUGCACAUGGACCGGAAGAGCCCCAUGGAGACCCUGGUGGACGUGCUCAGCAGCAUCCUGCAGACCAAUGACUGGCAUGAGAUCACCCUGGUGCUGUGCCACGCCUGGGACGUCUCUGGCUUCCUCGAUUUCUGGACCAGCAACACCGACCUCUUCCUGAGGACCAUCCUGGACCUGAGCUACCUGGACGAGCCGGGCGCCGCCCACUACCUCCGCCAGCACUUGGAGGAGCUCAAGGAGCUGGCCGGCCCGGUGCUGCUCUUUGGCUGUGACGCCCGCCUCUCACGGCUGGUGUUCAGGGCGGCCUCGGAGUCCGGCCUGAUGCUGCAGGACUUUCACUGGAUGCUGGGGCACCCGUUGAACGUAGACGAGCUGCAGACGGAGGGGCUGCCCCUGGGCCUCCUGGCUUACGGGGAGGUCGGCAGCCCCACGUUGGAGCAAUUCACCCAGGACGCGGUGGAGCUGGUAGCCCGGGCUAUCUCCAGCGCCCUGUACGUCCGGCCCGACCUCACCCUCAUCCAGAGCAUGGUGAACUGCAACGACAAGCACGUGGAAGGCUCGGAGUCCUCCGGGCACUUCCUUGCCAGGUUCCUGGCCAACACGUCGUUCCACGGGCGGACGGGGCGGGUGUCCGUGCGGAACACGUCGCUGGUGCACACCGAGCACCGCUACAGGAUCUGGAGCCUGCUGCGCGACUCCCUGGGGGAGCCCACCUGGGUGACAGUGGGCAGCUGGCAAGACGGCAAGCUGGAGAUGGAGGAGGGGUUCUGGCAGACCCAGCUGCAGCGCAAGAGCACGGGCGGCGGGGGCGGCUUCUCACGGGUGAAGCUGCGGGUGGUGACGCUGGUGGAGCACCCGUUUGUCUUCACGCGGGAGGUGGACGAGGAUGGGAGCUGCCCGGCCGGGCUGCUGUGCCUGGACCCCCACACCAACGACUCGGCCGUGCUGGAGGCCCUCUUCGAGGCGCUCAACACCGCCAACGGCUCGGUGCCGCUGGAGUACAAGAAGUGCUGCUAUGGCUACUGCAUCGACCUGCUGGAGAAGCUGGCCGAGGACCUGCCCUUCGACUUCGACCUCUACAUCGUCGGGGACGGCAAGUACGGAGCCUGGAAGAACGGGCAGUGGACGGGGCUGGUGGGGGACCUGCUCAGCGGCACGGCCCACAUGGCCGUCACCUCCUUCAGCAUCAACUCGGCCAGGAGCAAAGUCAUCGACUUCACCAGCCCCUUCUUCUCCACCAGCCUGGGCAUCCUGGUGAGGACCAAGGACACGGCCUCGCCCAUCGGGGCCUUCAUGUGGCCCCUGCACUGGACCAUGUGGGUGGGGAUCUUCGUGGCGCUGCACCUGACGGCGCUUUUCCUGACCCUCUACGAGUGGAAGAGCCCCUACGGCAUGACCCCGCACGGGCGCAACCGCAUGAAGAUCUUCUCCUACUCCUCGGCCCUCAACCUCUGCUACGCCAUCCUCUUCGGGCGCACCGUCUCCAGCAAGACGCCCAAGUGCUACACCGGCCGCUUCCUCAUGAACCUCUGGGCCAUCUUCUGCCUCCUGGUGCUCUCCAGCUACACGGCCAACCUGGCCGCCGUCAUGGUGGGGGAGAAGACGUUCGAGGAGCUCUCGGGGAUCCACGACCCCAAGCUGCACCACCCCUCGCAGGGCUUCCGCUUCGGCACCGUGUGGGAGAGCAGCGCCGAGGAGUACAUCAAGAAGAGCUUCCCCGAAAUGCACGAGUACAUGAGGCGCCACAGCGUCCCCACCACCCCCGCCGGGGUCACCAUGCUCAAGACUGAGCCCCCCACGCUCAACGCGUUCAUCAUGGACAAGUCCCUUCUGGAUUACGAGGUCACCAUCGACUCGGACUGCAAGCUCCUCACCGUGGGGAAGCCAUUUGCUAUUGAAGGCUAUGGAAUCGGGCUCCCCCAGAACUCGCCCCUGACCUCCAACCUCUCCGAGUUCAUCAGCCGCUACAAGUCGGCCGGCUUCAUGGACCUGCUGCACGACAAGUGGUACAAGAUGGUGCCCUGUGGCAAGCGGGUCUUGGCCGUCACCGAGACGCUGCAGAUGGGCAUUUAUCACUUCUCCGGGCUCUUCGUCCUGCUGUGCGUCGGGCUCUGCGGCUCCUUGCUCACCUCCCUGGGCGAGCACGUCUUCUACCGCCUCAUCCUGCCCCGCAUCAAGAGGAAGAAGAAAUUCAACUACUGGCUGCACACCAGCCAGAAAAUCCACCGCGCGCUGAACGUGGGCUUCGAGGAGCAGAAAAACCAAAAGCUGAGACUUGAGAAAAGGUGCAACAUUCAGAAGAGUGAAGAGACACCAGCUCCAAAUGCCAGCCAGCCAAGCUGGAACAACCUCAGGAAGGCCACUAGGAAAGAGGACAAGCGGGUGCACUUCAACAUGGAGCAGACGCCCUCUGAGCCGGCUCAGGAGAUGGAGGUGCCCGUGUGGCACUGCACGAACGGCAGGGUGCCCCAGCCGGAGGAGUGGGAUGCCAGCGAGAAGGAGCUCAGGGAGCUGGAGGAACGGAUUCAGGCAAUCAGGGAUCAGCUGAGAGCGGCCCUGGUGCGGAAGAGCGAGCUGGUGGUGGCGUUGGGGCCUACCAAGAACAUCCGCAUGCUGCCUGUUAAGCCUAUUGUCGAGAAGAACGAGGACAGGUAAUGGGACACGGGCCGUUCAGGUUC